AUGCUCCGUUCGCUUUCCACGAUCUCCAAGUCGACUGUUCGAUGCAUGUCGCUUUCUUCCAAGCUCGCUGCCGAGCAGCCAUCGAAGCAAGACGUAAAAAUACGUUUCAUCUUUUUAAGCUAAUCAAAUUAUUUUCAGGUUGAUGAUUUGUUCGCCGAGAAACCCUCUCACCAGAACCAGUACCAGCACGACGAGAAGAGGAGACACGCCUACAGGUCAGUUCAGAAUGUUCAGUUCUCAAGAAAACGUGUUAUUUUCAGUGUGAACAAAGUGGAAUUGGUUGGUGGAGUAGCUUUGGAUCCGCUAUUCAAAACUGGAAAAAACGAGAAGCCGUACCUUCUUUUCAACAUCAUCACCAACUCUUACUACAAGCAAGCUGAUGGAAGCACCGUCGAUCAAGUUAGUUUAUUCUAGACCUCAAAUGUUGUCAACAAAGUUUUUGUAUAGACUGAGCGUCAUGCUGUGACGGUGUUCGGCAGGCAAGCGGAAGCUCUUUCUAAGGUCAUCAAGAAAGGAUCUCGGCUCCUGGUCCAGGGAAGACUGCACUACAAUGGGGGACAGAAAGACGAACAAGUUUUUCUGAUUUGCCUCAUCUUCAACCAAUUAAUUUAUUUCAGGGGAACCGAUCACCACGCAACACCUAUAUAAUCGCGCACUCUGUUCAGCCUCUGGCCCGUGCUGUGAAGGAGAACCAGAGCGAAUAA